AUGGAGGCAGCGAGUUCCUCAUCAAGUUCUUCCGCAAGGCCACCUGCCACGAGCACCGGCACUCCCGGCGCCAGCGCUGGCGCCCGGCGGCAGAACCCCGUGCUGUCAGAGCAGCAGAUCCACAUGCUGAAGCAGGAUCCCUGGCUCAACAAGGACAUUGAAGCGCUGGGACCUCUCUCUCGCUCCGGGGGAUGGGAUGGGAACCGCUGGGACCUGGGAGGUGCGGCAUGUUUGGGAGCAAAGACUGUGGGCUUUCAAAGAACCCAUGUUUUUUUUUUUUUUAAAUUAGGCAUACAGUAG